UAUUCCCAGUUGCGCCCCGGUUCUGCCGGAAGUGGCGGACGUGUUUCCCCGGUUCAGGUUUCUGGCGGAAGUGCUGGGAUGCGGGCUGUCGGUGCCGCGGUGUCAGGCGGCGGGUGUAAUAGGCCGUGUGGCCGGGGUGUGUGAGCGGCGUGUACUGGGAGGGCGGACAGGCUUAGUGGCCUCUCGAGCCGGCUAACAACAUGGCCACUCGCCGCCUGACCGACGCCUUCUUAUUAUUGCGGAACAAUGCCGCCCAUAACCGGCACAUUCUGGCCGAGCAAGUGAGUAGUCCCAGCCGCCCGGGGAGUACGCAGAGCCGCGGAGCGGAGCUCGAUGAGCUGGCAGAUGAUCGUAUGGCCUUGGUGUCGGACAUUAGUCUGGAUCCAGAAGCUGCCAUUGGAGUCACCAGACGACUGUCUCCAAAAUGGGUGGAUGGAGUGCAAGAAAUCCAGUAUGAUGUUACACGCAUUAAACAGAAGAUGAAGGAACUGGCCAGCUUACAUGACAAGCACUUAAACCGACCAACGUUAGAUGACAGCACAGAAGAGGAGCACGCCAUCGAGAUCACAACACAGGAGAUCACACAGAUGUUCCACCGGUGUCAGAGGGCAGUGCAGACUUUACAGAGCCAAGUGCGGAACUGUACAGAGCAGGAGGAGCGAGUGUUACGCAACGUGGUCUCCUCACUGGCACAGUCUCUCCAGGACCUCUCUACAAACUUCAGACAUACCCAGUCUGACUAUCUGAAGAGAAUAAAGAACCGAGAAGAAAGAUCAAAGCAUUUUUUUGACACUUCUGUUCCCCUCAUGGAUGAUGGAGAGGACAAUACGUUGUAUGAUAGGGGGUUCUCCGAUGACCAGCUGGUUUUAGUGCAGCAGAAUACACUAAUAGUGGAGGAGCGGGAACGGGAGAUCCGUCAGAUUGUGCAGUCCAUCUCCGACCUAAAUGAGAUCUUCAGGGAGCUGGCAACCAUGGUGGUGGAGCAGGGCACAGUUCUUGACAGGAUUGACUACAAUGUCGAGCAGUCCUGUGUUAAAACAGAGGAAGGGUUAAAACAAUUGCACAAGGCGGAGCAGUACCAGAAAAAGAACCGCAAGAUGCUGGUCAUUUUAAUUCUGUUUGUCCUUGUGAUUGUUCUAAUCGUUGUGCUCAUUGGUGUAAAGUCUAACUAGAUCAUUUGCAUUAGUUUGGAUUGUUCGGUUCGGACACUCCUGUGAAUUCAGAGGGUUAUUUUUUUGCCCUCGUGCCUUCCCCUGUGUUCGUCAAAAUCAGCAUUUCAGAUUUUUCAAGAGCUGAAGUCAUUUUUAAACACUGAAGAAGCCCCGUUUCUGUUUAUUGUGCGGACGUUUUACUUAGUUACUGCGAAUUAUGAUCAUUUAUGAAGAUUUCAUACAAUGGACUUUGGACCAAAGCAGUGGUGGGCUCAAAUUUUGCACUAUCUGCAUGAAAAGAACAAUAUUGCUUCACAUGGGGUCAGGAACAGAUGAAAAGAUUUAAUUGCUUUCUGUGAGUCCACUCUCAGGCUUGACCUAUAGGGACCGCCGUGUAACGGGGAUAUAUAAUGAACUUGCUAGAGGGAGUCUGUAUCUCAGGCGUAGCAAUGAUGUAUCAAGCCUCCUUGAUUAGGUUAGUGGUUGGGACUCAGAUGGAUGAUCCUCUGGAUGCCAUAUCAUGACAGUUGGCUACCAUCACGACACAGAAGCCAAAGUUGCUGGUGACAUGGUAGCUGUAGUUUCUUCCAGAGGUGCUGGUGGCAGCUCUCAUCUGGAUCUAUGGUGAAAGGUCAGUGGGCUCCAGGGCUCACAUGUCAUCACUACCCUUGCACCCCCCACUUAGACCGCUGCCUGUGAUUUCUGUACCUAAACCAGUUACUUAAACUGCAAUUUCCAGGUCACGAGGAAAUAUACAUCUCAAAGAAGGUCUGUCUGCUUGAUGGGUUUCUAUUAAAAAGGUCUUCUGGAUUCAUGUAAAUAAUUUUAAUAAUAAUAAUAUUAAAAGGUCCUGCAACUUUUUUAUAUACUUUUUGUAUUUCAAUGCCACAACUUUUUUAAAGGGCAUCUGUCAGCAGAUCUGUACCUAUGAAUCUGGCUGA